AUGGCGGCGACCCUCUCCACAAUGGCGAUGCCCAACGCCAAGUGCCUCGGCGUGAAGACGCCACGGGCGGCGGCGAGGCCACUUUCUCUCCUCCCUCUCUCUCUCCUACCCCGGGGGCUCGCUCUCCCCAGCCCACCGUCGCCGGCGGCCUCCGCCGCCGUCGCGGGCGCCUUCUUCUCCGCCCUCAGCGCCACCGACGCCGCCUUUGCCGCCCAGCAGAUCUCCGACCUCGCCGCCGCCGCCGUCGCAGAAGGCAGCGAUAACCGGGGGCUGGCGCUGCUCAUUCCCCUCGUGCCGGCGGUGCUGUGGGUGCUCUACAACAUCCUGCAGCCGGCGCUGAACCAGCUGAACAGAAUGAGGAGCGAGAAGGCCCUCGUCGGUGGACUGGGCAUCGGUGGCGCCAUGGCCGCCGCCGGCCUCCUCGAGCCGCCCGACGCCGCCGCCGCCGUACAGCAAAUGGCGGAGCUCGCCGAGUCCGCCGCCGGCGACAACCGCGGCCUCGCCCUCCUCAUCCCCCUCGUCCCCGCCAUACUCUGGGUCCUCUACAACAUCCUCCAGCCGGCCCUGAACCAGAUCAACCGGAUGCGGUCAGGCUAG